CAGUCUCGGCAAGGCCGGGCCGAUAGGCGGAAGUACAGGGCUGACUGAGCUGGGGGAACUUUGCCUGGAUGGCACUUUCCUGUUCUACAGUCCGCCCCCGCCGGAGGGGCUCGGCUCUGAGAUCCAAGAUGGAGUUGUUGAGUCGAGCUGAGCAAGAGAUGAGUCUGGCGGCCUUGAAACAACACGACCCCUAUAUCACCAGCAUCGCAGACCUCACGGGCCAGGUCGCCCUGUACACUUUCUGCCCCAAAGCCAACCAGUGGGAGAAGACUGAUAUAGAAGGGACGUUAUUUGUAUACCGAAGGUCAGCUUCACCUUACCAUGGCUUUACCAUUGUCAACCGACUGAAUAUGCACAAUCUGGUUGAACCAGUGAAUAAAGAUUUGGAAUUCCAGCUCCAUGAACCAUUUCUUCUGUAUAGAAAUGCAAGUUUGUCAAUAUACAGUAUCUGGUUUUAUGACAAGAAUGACUGUCAUCGCAUAGCAAAACUCAUGGCUGAUGUGGUAGAAGAGGAGACACGGCGAUCCCAGCAGGCUGCUCGAGAUAAACAGAGUCCCAGCCAGGCCAAUGGCUGCAGUGACCAGAAGCCCAUAGAUAUCCUGGAGAUGCUGAGCAGAGCCAAGGAUGAGUAUGAGAGGAAUCAGAUGGGCGGCUCAAAUAUCUCCAGUCCUGGGCUACAGCCAAGCACUCAGCUCUCUAAUCUGGGCAGCACGGAGACUCUAGAAGAGACACCCUCUGGGUCACAAGAUAAGUCUGCUCCAUCUGGUCACAAACAUCUGACAGUAGAAGAGUUAUUUGGAACCUCUUUGCCAAAGGAACAACCAACAGCUAUGGGUCUAGAGUCAGAAGACACAGACAAGCUGCUAGGAGAUGCAUCACAGAAAGAGCCCAGCUCAUUCCUCCCAUUUCCCUUUGAGCAGUCAGGGGGAAAAUCUCCACUCCUGAACCAGCCAGUCCCUGAGCUAAGCCACAGCAGUCUGAUUGCUAGCCAGACCCCCUUCAGAGCCCCGGUGAACCUGGCAAACCCAGCUGGCACAGCCCUCCCAAGCGUUGAUCUGCUCCAGAAACUCAGGUUGACCCCACAGCAUGACCAAAUACAGGCACAGCCGCUUGGAAAAGGAGCCAUGGCACCCAACUUUUCUUCGGCAGCUGGCCAACUGGCCACCCCUGAGAGCUUCAUAGAGCCUUCCUCUAAGGCAGCAGCAGCAAGAGCAGCAGUCUCAGCCUCCCUGAGCAACAUGGUGCUUGCUCCAACCCUCCAGUCUAUGCAGCAAAACCAGGAUCCUGAAGUAUUUGCCCAGCCUAAGGUGUUACCCAGUGCCAUGCCGAUUGCAGGCUCUCCAUUGGUUACUGCAACAACCACAGCAGUAUCUUCAGUCCUGCUGUCCCCCAGUGUGUUCCAGCAAACAGUUCCCAGGUCCACAGACCUAGAGAAGAAAGCCAGCUCUCCCUCUCCCCUCACUGUUGGAACACCAGAAAAUCAGAGAAAGCCUUCCAUUAUCCUCAGCAAGUCUCAGCUCCAGGACACACUGAUACAUCUAAUAAAGAAUGACUCCGGCUUCCUCAGUACGCUUCAUGAAGUUUACUUGCAGGUCCUGACCAAGAACAAAGACAACCACAACCUAUGACUGCAGUGAAGGCAAUGUGAAGGGAGAGGGUCCACCUCAAAACCAGCAGGCUUCCUCAUGGAACACCUAAGUAGAACAUGGAGCUUUGAGGAGCCUGAGAGAGCCUUGUCCUUAAGAAUGUUUUCUAGAGACAUUCUCAGUGACGAUGGAGGUUUCACUGUGAAGCAUCACCAGCAAACCUUUGUUUGACAAAAACAACAAGAGACCAUUGUGUUGAGUUACGUGGGUGUUUUCAUCAGCUAUAAGCCAGUGUGUGGAAUGAGGAGUCUGAUUGUCAACUUGCUUUCCAGGCCUCGGGAGGAGCCCCCAGCCUUGCAGCAGGGCUCAGUGGAGCCCAUGCCCUCCCUCCUCUACCCAUAGGAGCUCUGAACUUAAUGUCAGCUCACAGAGUAGCUUCAAGUUUUAAGGAUCAGAAUUUAAGUUGACUCUUUGGAAGGUAUUUGUUCAAGUGAAGUAUAUUUUCUAUGAGCACCCCGCUUGGGCCUUAAGACUUCUGGGAUGUCUUUGUGUUCCGGUAAGUGUCCCUGGUCCUGCCCUGUGCAAACUCAAGUGAAGCACGGCUCUUUGGGUAGGCCAGCUGGGCUCUGGUGGAGGAGUCUUCACACCUUUGAAGCAGAGGCCGGGGCCGCACAGAUCCAGAUC